UAGAAUAUGCUUUGAAAUUAAUUGUUUCCGAAAAAUAGAUAGAUAUAUAACAUGGGAUGUGUUGUUAGUAGCAAGUAUACUCCCCCUCGAAACCGAAACCGGAGCCGCCAUGUUGAGAGGUUGAAAGAUGAGUAUUCAAACGGCGGCUCUUCACUCAAACCAAUCAUCAGACAUAACAAGAAUUAUUCAUCCAAGCACUCAGAAGUUGAGACUAAGAAGAGAGUUGUGAUUGUGAAGACUACUACUACAUCAGUUGACAGUGCUGGAGGAGGAGAAGGAGAAAGGAAUGAUGAUAAGAUACAGGGUGCAGCAGUUGGAGAUAUUUUUGAUGAUAAGUCUGAGGAGGAGAAAAGGAAGAUGAAAAUUGCAAGCUAUGAAGUUAAAGUGGGAGAGGGUGAAUGGCCAAAAUGGCUAGUUGAUAAUAUCUCUGAAGACGUUUUGGCUACUUUGAUUCGUAAGACUGCUGAUUCAUAUGAAAAACUAGGAAAGGUAGGACGUGGAACAUAUAGCAAUGUAUACAAAGCUAGAGAUAAGGACAGUGGAAAGAUAGUUGCUUUGAAGAAGGUAAGAUUUGACACUUCAGAUUCUGAAAGCAUCAAGUUUAUGGCAAGAGAGAUUAUGAUAAUACAAACGUUGGAUCAUCCAAAUAUCAUCAAACUUGAAGGACUGGCAACAUCAAGGAUGCAAUAUAGUCUUUAUCUUGUCUUUGAAUACAUGCAAUGUGACCUUACUAGAGUUAUCUCACGCCCUGGAGAAAGACUCAAUGAACCACAGAUAAAAUGUUACAUGCAACAGCUGCUUUUGGGACUCCAGCAUUGUCACGAGAGGGGAGUUAUGCACCGAGAUAUUAAAGCUUCUAAUCUGUUAAUAAAUAAACAAGGAGUGCUAAAAAUUGCUGAUUUUGGUCUUGCAAAUUCUUUAAAAAUUAAACCUAAAGGGCCUCUUACAAAUAGAGUUGUAACACUUUGGUAUAGAGCUCCUGAACUUCUUUUAGGUUCAAUUGAUUACGAUUAUAGCAUUGAUAUAUGGAGUGUAGGUUGCUUGUUGGCUGAGAUGUUUGUUGGAAGACCAAUUAUGCCCGGGAGGACUGAGAUUGAACAACUCCAUAUGAUAGUUAAACUUUGUGGUUCACCUUCAGAGGAUUACUUGUCAAAAAUGAAGCUAAAGACAAGCUUCCGUACACCACAACGUUAUAAAGCUAGUUUUGAAGAAAACUUUAAGGAUUUCCCUUCAUCUGCACUUAGUCUCUUGACUACACUUCUUAAUCUUGACUCUCAACAGCGUGGCACUGCUGCCUCUGCUCUUGAAACUGAUUUCUUCAAAUCUAGUCCCUUAGCAUGUGACCUUUCGGAAUUACCGGUGAUAAUUAACAGAGGCGAUGAUGAACGCUCACAUAUUAAAAGACGCAAAAGGCGCAAAGGGAAAAAGGGGCAACUAUCUAAAAGAAGUGCAAGCAAUUUAAGCCUGUCAGGAAUGAUCCAGGCGGCUGAACAAGGCAAGACAGAUUCAGAACAAUCAAAGGAGGAAAAGAGUAUAGGACAUAACAUGCUAGAACAGGAAACAGGGAAUAGUGGAAGCAGCAAAGCAUCAUCAGUAUUUACUAACGAAAGGAGCAUGAAUGCAUCUAUAUCCCCAGUUUUUCCCUCUAGCAGGAAAAUAUCCCCCAAAACUGAAGGUCAUCCUAAUGCUCUUAAGAAUAUAAAGAACUACCCACUCUUACAUGCAUCUAUACUUGAUAUGAUAAACCCCAAAGAAGGCAACGAUUUUGGUCAGUUUCGUAGGUCCUUCUCGACAUUGGAUUUUCGGCUUGAUCCAAAUAAGCUAUCGAGUCUCUAUGGAUCAAAUAGUACGUUGGACCGUGAAGUUUGACCUUAUUCUAUAAUUCACAUGGUUUAAAGUGGUCUACAGUUUCAACAUUUUAGUUCUCAUACCAUAGUAAUGGAAGGGGAAAUGAAGAGAUGAAGUGCAGAGGAUCUCCCCUCAGAUAUAUAUGACAUAUGAUCGUAUGGAAGUUAGCUGAAAGUCAAAAGUCCACGGGACCUCCUGCCAAGUCCAUGAUUGUACACAACCAUCAUGAUUCAUUUCUAUACGUUCAAAUGAGAUGCAAUUUAGAAA